CACUCACUCACUCACUCACACACACACUCACACAUGUGCACAUAUAUACACACACACACAUGCACGCACACAAACUUCAAAACUAAAAUUCCUCAACAUUACAAGUUGGUCUAAUGAAUGAAAUCAAAGACAGGUCUUCUGUCACGUAGAGUAAAUAAUUGUAUCCUCCACCUAGAUCUGGAUUAUUUCUAAAAAUGAUAGUCAUUAUCAUCACAACUAAAAUCUUAAAAAUGAUUUUAUCAAUAUUUGCAUUUGCCACUACCUGCAGUGUUGAGACAGAAACUAGUUUCAGCAUCAAAUGUGACGGGGGAAGUUUCAGUAGGAACUAUUCAUUCAAACUAGAUUAUCCUUUUAUCAUUAAUAUGCGUGCUGACGUUCCUCUCUGUAGCGAUCCUAAAACUUCAGAGUCAAUUUACUACAGUGUGAAGUCUAGUUGUGAAUUCUAUGUCUUCAUUGGAGUGAUGGCCUUCCUCUACUGUCUGGCUGCGUUGGUCAUCUAUAUCUACUUUGAUGAAGUCUAUCGUAAAAACACCAGGCUGACCAUCAUCGACUUUGUCACAACUGCUGUCUUUGCAUUGAUGUGGCUCAUUUCUUCUUCUGCCUGGGCCCAGGGUGUUUCUGAUCUCAAGUACUAUUCAGACCCAGCGGAUGCGUUAUUUCAGAAAUUGAAUUGUGACAAAAACUGUAUAAAAGGACCAGAUGCGAACUUUUCAACCCUGGAUGUCUCAAUUAUUUUUGGCUUUCUGAACACAUUUGUAUGGGCUGGUAAUUUGUGGUUCCUAUACAAGGAGACUCCAUGGUUCAAAGUGCAGGCUGCUCCACCAAUUGACCCAGGGAUGCCUCAAGAGACAGAUCCACAGAGAGUGUAAAAAAAUAAAAAGUGGUACAGGACAGGGACAUUGCUGUAUUAGUCAGUCAUAUGUCACCUUGCUAUUGUUAUCAUUCAGUAGAUGAGAAAGAUGCAGAUAGAAAGAACAGCAUAUGAUGUGCAUUGUAUAAUAUUUUGAGGAUGUAACGUUAAUUUUCUCUAGGAAGAGAGUGUUAAGUAAGUCAGCAAUGGUCAACCAUAAUUUAAUGUCGAUCUGGUUCUAAUUCCUAACACCAAGCAGCAGAUAUGACUGACCGAGUGACUGCGUGUACGCACGUGUGUUUAUGUGUGUGCGUGUGAUUAUGUGUGUACACUCAGCAACCAGUUUGUUACACAUGUAAUACCUAACAUAGUUGGAUACUAAGUGUAUAUAUGAGUAUGUAUGUGUGUGUGUAUAUGACAAGUUAAAGGUGUGUUGAGUCUUGUUGCUACAUCUUGAGACAACACAUUCAAAAGGUAAGAGUGAAAGUUGCUGCCACAUCUCUGAUGACCUUCCUUCAUGUGUCUUGUGCUUUAUUCUGCUCUAUUCAGAUGUUUGGAGAAAAGAUUCAAUACUAUAGCAUACUUUCCCUAUAUGGGACAUUGCUUCCAUAUGAUACAUGCAAUCUGUGUGUGACUGAAUCAUUGCAUGAAUGUCUAUAUGUGUAUAUCUGUGCAUCACUGUUAGUGAGUAUGUGCAUUUGCGUGUGUGAAAGAUUUUUCUUUUUCCAAUUCACUUUGAGAUUAUGAGAAUUUACAUAGUUUGAGCAGGUUGAACCCAAAUUUUAUUUCAACCCAAAUUAAUUAUAAAACCCACCCCCUCCUAAGGCUCUGGUUCAAUUUUAGCCUAGCAGUUUCUUGAUAAUAAUUUAGUAGAUGUUUGUUGCAUAAGAAACAGAUUCCAAAUAUUUAGAUUUAAUGGAGUAAUUAACCAUUAAAGUUUGUUUUAUUUUCAUUUUUAUUUUUUGUGCGUGAAUCCUAAAAAAAAAUAAAACUGAGGGAUGUCAUUUUUUUUUUUUAAAUCAAUUAUAUAUUGCGACAGUGAGAAGAUGGCAACAUGUUUUUAAUGAUAGCUUGUCAGGUUAAAUCUUGAACUAGUGAUGUGUUUCAAUCAGCAGUUCAAGUAUUAAGUAGAAUAUAACUUCACCUUACAGAAGUAGAAUAAAACUUCUAUCAUGGGCCUUAGUUUAGUUGUAGUCAGGUAACUUCCUCACCUGUAGCCUCUUUGUUUACCAUGUUAAAUCUUCAUGGUCUCCAACUAGAUAGCAGGAGGUCAUCUUCAUAUUUUCUUAAUACUGCAUUAUAUUAUCUCUAAUCGGAGAGUGAUCAACAAUUUCUCAUGUGAUCAGUGCCUCGAUUGAUUAUUUCCUUUAUUUACCUACAAUUUACAGAAGGGCAUCUAAAAAAAAAAAAUGUGCUCCCAUUUCUGUUCAAUUAUCUUGAAAGUUCUUUAGUUACUCUCUUGACAUGCCAGAAAAUCUAAUAUUUUCUAUAAAAGAAAAGCAAUUUUUUUUUUCUUGUUUUAACUGAGAAGCAAUCAAGUGAAAAUUGUUUGAUGAUUUUUACAUUUCUAACAACAUGGCAUUGUUUUCCUUUUAUUGUUUUGGUUUUUCCUUUCUUUUUUCUUUUUUAAAAUUUUUAGCAAAGCUGUAUUUUUCUACUUACUUGAUGAAAACUGUUUCACUUUUUUAUAAGUCAAUUUUUAUAUUUAGCAGUUAAACAUUUCUUUCCCUUUUCUGCAGCUUUCCACUUUUCAAAAAUUUAUGACAGAUGAAAACUACUUCCUGUUCAAUUAAACUGUCAUCUGUUUUGUUUUUGUUUUAUUAUUGUACAAUAAAAAAAAGUCGCUUUUUGGAUGAAAAUGUUUAUUUUUUUUUUAGUUUAACACUAUCUUUAUUUUUUUUUUAUUUGACUGUUUAUUUAUGGUAAUCUUCGAUUAUCUGUUAUUUUAUGUUUUAAAUACAACUCUACUGGAGUAUGGCUCAACUGAAUGUGACUGAACCAAGCACUCAGUAUUUUUAGCAUGCUUAAUAUUCUCAUAGUUUUCUAUAUAAAUUUUAAUUUCUUUUUGUAUAAAUCCAAGGUUUGUACAGAGAAUGUUUGUUUAAACAAAAGUAUUGGGGUGGCUAUAAAGACUGUAUGAAAGAGAAUUUCCUUGCGACUUUUGGAAAUUGGAAUUCUCAUUUAUAUAAAAUGUUAUGUCUACAACCACACACUGUUUAAACAUAUAUCUGAUUAAAUGUUAAUUAAGAAAGAGUUUAAUGAUUAGAAAAUAUCCUUUUGCUUAUAUAGGUUAUUUUAGUUAUCCAGUCAUGUAUGCCUAUCUUUUGUGAUAGCAAGACUUAAUUGUAGUUACUUUUACCUAAUUUCCUACCAAACUGCCAUAAAGUCACCAGGUAGAUUAAUCCACUGCCAGGAAUUCUUUAAAGCAUGAAGUUAGUCAAUAUUUUCUGUUCAAUAAUUGAUUAUAUUUACCUAAAACUAUAGCUCAUUAGCGUGGUCAAGAUAAAUCUUGGUCUUCAAACCGCCUUUAAAUUUGGCUUAUUUCAGCUCUUGUUAAUAAAACAUUGCUUAUUUCUCAAUAAAAUAGAUGAGUGCAGUGAAGCAUUUGCGAAUGCUCAAUAUUGCUGUUAGUGUUAUUAUGUUGAUAUUCUUUAGCAUUACUAUUAAUACAAACUAUUUUUAUUGUCUUGAAAACCCUGGUUUCCUCUCUAUUGAGAAUAGUUCAAAAAAGAUAUGCUUCCCACUCUUUUAUGAUUUAAAAUUUGUUUCCUAAAAUCUUGAACUGAUCAGAUCUUUCAAACUUCUUGGGUUUGGGUUUUUCAUCUAUUGCUCUCUUCUAUCACUUUUAAGAGGGCCUCCACAGGCGUCAGAUCAGUCUCUACUUUCAGCCAAUAGUUGACAAUAUUCCCUGUAUUGAUAAUAUCUUAUGAAGAUAGUAAAUGAUGGCCUAAACAUUUAUACUUUUCCCUAACUAUUUUCAUAAACAUUUUUUUUUUUUUAUUUGGGUUUUAGUGCCACACUUUCUGUCAACUGGCUAUUAAUUACUGGUAUGUAAUGAUCCAGAGAUUCAAUCUGAUUCUCAAAACUGAUCAUUAUGAUUACCGGAAGUCACGCAAUUACCUCUUACCAUUAAUCUAGUUGUUAAGGAUGCAAUGAGAAAACUGCCAGAACAGAAAGUAUUGAAGUAAAAUCUAUGUGAAAUUGACAAGCAUAAUUUUAAUUUAAAAAAAAAUUUUUUUUUUUUUAUGGUAUGUUUGAGUGAAAAUGGUGAAGAAUGCUAAAUAAUUUAUUUGAUUGGAGAUUCCGUAAUCAGCGUUGGGGUUGGUAAAGAAAUCAACAAAUAUAUAUAAGUGGCCGACAACAUGUGUUUAUAUUUAAAACAUUGACAUCAUUUAAUACUGAUUCCUUUAGUGGGUCUGUGAAUGUAUGGUAGGCUGAAAGAGGCUUGUAGUAUGGAAACCUUCCUCCUCCAUCAGGCAAUCAAUGUAACACUAUUGACUUUUAAUUAUUAGUGUUUGGUCCUACCAGUGAACACUAGGUUUGUUGAAAUAUAUUAUUGAGAUACUGUGUGGCUGUAGAAGGUAGCUAAGUAGUUAGUGUUUGUGUUGGUAUAUUUGCGCUAAUUACCUACAAUUGCAGAACACCUGCACAUUAGAUGCAAGCUAAAAUAGUGGGGGGGAAAACGAGAGAGAUAAAGGAGAAAGAUAUUAUGUACAACAUGAUUCAGUGACCUUUGCUUUUUUUUUUUUUUUUGUUAGAUUUGAACCUCUGCAUCUGCCCACCACCCCAGACUGCUAGCACUCAGAAUCAAACUCAGAUUCACAUGGUUAUUUGUUCAUGUCAGUCUAUCAUUAGAUGACUUUUCAAAGAAUUGUCGUUUUUGUUUUGGUUCAACCAACACCUGAGGUUGUUUAGUUUGGUAUCACCCUAAAAUUUUUAAUCAACCUUCUCUGUUGAAAUUCAUUGUAAUAUGUCCAUUUAAGAAUCGAAUCUCCUUGAGUACAUUUUUGGGGGUAUCAACUUGUAAGUUGAUCAGUUCUUGUGAGUUACUUUUUCAUUUAAAUCAGACGCUGUAUGUCAGUAGCUGUAGUUGCUAAAACUUGGCUACUUUUUCAUAUAGUACUUGCUUUCUGUGGAAUGAUUUAACUUCAGAUUAUUUUUGUUGGGUUUUUUUUAUCCAGUUUUUAUUCUUUGUUAACAGACAACUCUAGCAAUAACAUUAUUGAUAGAUUUAGUUCCUUCAUAUUGGGAAAAUCUCUGAACCACUUUCACUUCAACCAGGUCUCUGAAUUCUGGGGUUUUGCUUUGCCUACAAACCUACCCUGUUAGAUACAACUAUAAUGCUUUAAACUUGACUGCAUAAUCCUAAAAUUAGUUUUGAAGUUUAUCUCACAAUUAUUCCGGGCUCAAUUUUCAAACCAUUUUGAUGGCUAUGUCUUACAGAAUAAAUUGUUUGUUUUGUUAUAUUUUGUUUGAUUUGUUGCUUUUUAUUUUGUUUUAUUUGUUGUUUUCUUUUUCCUCUGGGCAGGUUGAUUUUAUUUUACAAAUAACCAGGCUUUUGCUCCUCUUCAAAUGUUCCUCCUCUUCUGCCUUGUCCUCAUUAGCAGUUAAAUACAAUCCUUUCUCAUUCUAUAUAUUCAAAACAUACAAGUCUGACAAUCAGUUUUAAUAUCAUUGAAGUGUUUAACUAUGGUUCUGACCCUCUCACACAUCCAAACCAUUCACAGUGCAUAAACCAUUCCUUAAUAUAAUAAAAUAAAAGACUUAUUUCUACAUUUACCACUUUCAAUGUCUCUAGGAAAAUAAUGAAUACCUCUGCAUUCCAAUUUCCCAUUUCUUUUCAUUCCUAAUUAAAAAAUUAUAUAUAUAUAUGGAUUUACCAUGCCACCAUUGGUUUCAUAUGGAAACAUUGCAAUUAUCAAGCAUUCCACUAAACAGUGUUGGUAAUCUAUCUCUAAUCUGGCUAAGGCUCUCUAUCUCUCUCUAUAUAUAUGUAUACAUACAUAUAUAUAUAUUUAUAUAUAUAUAUAUAUAUAUUAAUUGUCAUUUAUUAGCUUUUUUUAAUACAAGUAAAGGAAGUGGCAUAGACUUUAGUAGUCUUAUGGAAUAAGAUCUGUGAAAAGAUUAACAGAACCCUGACUGAACAUUUCCCUAUAAAACUGAAAGUUCGUCAGAACCAUAAGGUAAAAAUACUGAGGCCGAUGUUAAUGUAGUGAUGAAAAUAAAUCCUUGAGGUUAGAAUCUGUAGAAGCUUUGAACAUUGGUUAAACUGACAUGUUUUCAUACUUAUCUAACUUUAUUAACUUCAAUAAUAAUAUUUAGUUCUUCUACUGAUAUUGAACCUGUAACCUCUUGUUUUACGCCCCAUUCUCAAAUGGCAUGUCAACAUUACAUCAACACAUCCAAAUGGCAGAGUACUUUCUUUGAUCUUUAUGUUCACUUCUUGAAUAAUGUAGUUGUACAGCUCCUGUUUCUUUUAGUGCUGUCUCAACAUCAUUUCAGACUUGACUAUUCCCCAAAUCCAAAUCUUAGUCUGUGUGUAUGUGUGUGUAUAUAUCUGUGUGUGUGUAUGUAUCUGUGUGUGUGACCUAGUUUUUCAGAACUUCUUAAAGGAAUGCUAUAUGUAGAAUGUUACAAGAGUUACCUCUAUCUGACAUUUAUUCCCAACUGAUGACUUCUCAAUGAUCAGGUCAAUAGAUGUCCAAAAGAAUUUUGGCAACACCAACAACAGAACAACUUAGAAAUUUGACUGCCUUAGGUUAUGUGGAUAAUAGUGUAUGUGUGUGUGUGUGUGUGUGUGUGUGUGUGUCUGAACAGACAGAUAGAUAGACAGACUGUUAAAUAUGAAUUUAGUUUGGAAUGUAAUCAUUUUGGUUAUUUACUGCCAUCCAAACACUGAUAUGUUGGUGUUUCAUUUAGAAUAGAUGAAUUAUAUAUUGUAACUGCAAAUAAUGGUGUAUAUAUAUACAUAUAUAUAUUCUGUAUCUUCAUCAAACUGUUAGGUAGAUUUUUCUUACCUGUAUCCAUCAAUUACUAGUAAAUAUGUGUGUGAAUAUUGCUCCAAAUAUUUAUAUAUAUUUCUCAACAGAGAAGAGGAAACCAGCAUAGAAUUUGGUAUUUUUGUGGGAAUUUUAUAUGAAUAAGACCAUAGUAUUGAUUCCAAUCCAGGAAUUUAAUAUUCAUUCAGGAGGGGAGGAGGGAAUUAUUUAACUGUCUCAUAAAGUUCCACUGCUCAUGUUAAAUAUUUAUGUGAAACCAUCGCAUAAUUCUUUAUAUGGAUAUCAUUCUGAAUUUACUUAAAUAAUUAGUACACAAGAGAUUGCCAAGAUUUUAAUAUUGAGACAAACAUUACUCAUCUUUAUAGAGAUUUUAGGAUCAAAGCUGAUUUGCUUUUGAACUAAAGUAAAAUCUUCUCAUUCAAACUCUUUUCCAAACAGUAUUUCACUGUGUAAGUUUUUCAAGGUAUGAUAGUAUGUGCGCUACAAAUAUUAGGUGUAAUAUUUUUCCCCCCGCAUCUUUUAUUGAAACAGUCUGAAGUCUGUAGAUUGUCAUGUUGUCAGCACCAAACCAUUGUUGAAAAUUUAUCAAAGCAGAUUGAAGAAGAAUCCAUUUUAUUUGUCAUUCCCUGCUCCCAUACUCUUUGUUCCAGUUUCAAAUGGUCAACCACAACCUUUGCUUUUGUGUUAUGAAAACAUACUUUUCUUCUUUUAUUCUCCAAUAACAAGACAACUGUAUAUUUUUAUACCAAUUUAUCAUUCAAAUCAUUUUAUAGAGAUACUCUAAUUUUGUUUCAUAUAUAGAUUUUUUUUUUCUUUUGUAUCUUUCAUUAUUUAUUAUAAUUCUGCUGGGGUUGACUUUGCCUUUCAUCCUUCCAGGAUUGAUAAAAUAAGUUACAGUCAUAUGUGCUGGGCAGGAGGGGGAGAGGGCAAUUAAAUCAACUUCUACCCGCCUCUCAAAAUAUAUGGCUUUGUGCCUAUGUUAGAAAACAAAAGAUAUUUUUAUUACGGCAGAGGAGUGACAGAAAUGAUAGAGCGCCAUACUGAAUGCCUUAUAGUGUUUAGUUUUGCCUCAUGACAUUUUGAGUUCAAUUCCUGCCAAGGUCAACUUUGCCUUUCAUCUCUCCAAAGUUGAUAAAGUAAGUACCAGCCAAUGUAUUGGUGUCGAUUCAAUUGACUAUUUUCCUCCUUUAUAGGUUUGGGGCCUUGUGCCAACGUGACAAAUCAUUGUUAUUUAUUUAUUAUUAUUAUUAUUAUUAUUAUUAUUAUUAUUAUUAUUAUUAUUAUUAUUACUGUAAUAUCUCACCAGAGUCAACUUUGCUUUUCAUCCUUUCAGGGUUGAUAAAGUAAAGUACUGGUCAAGUAUUGGAGUGGAUGUAAUCAACUAACCUCCACCCCACCCCUAAAAUUGCUGGCCUUGAGCCAAAAUUUGACACUUAUUAUUAUUAUUAUUAUUAUUAUUAUUAUUAUUAUUAUGUUCAGCAUUAUGUUAACAAUAUUUGAUGUUAAUUUCCUGUAAUUCUUCUAGUCUCAGUGUUUGUUUGUUUGUUUGUUUGUUCCCCCCACCCCACCCCGCCUGUUUUAUUUUUCUCCCCUCUUUUGUUAACCUUGCCUCACACUAUUCUGUAUUUUAAACCUGACUAUGGAAAUUUGCAGCUAAGUUUCUGAACGAAUCCCUCUCAUUUACCUAUGAAAAGAAAUUAUCAUUUUAGGGACACAUUUAUAUCUGUCUGUACGAGCCAUGGAAAUCUCUCGUUGCUCAACAGUUGUCAGAUAGUUCUAAAUAAAGCAAUUCACAGUGUUGUGUUUCACUUCCAACCUUUGGUCUACAGGCUACAUUAAUUCCUUAUCUACAUAGAACAGAACUGAUAUAUUUUGCCUUUUUCCCCCUACAGUCUUGGAAAAUUGAGUGUCCAAAAACAGUUGAAGAUCUUAUUUAUUUUUGUGCUUACAUCUUGUUAUAAACAUAAAUGGUACUGUAAUAAUUUUGGUCAGAUGGAUUUUUCUAGAAGCAAUAACACCAUCAACUAAAACCAAAUUCAGAAAACUGCCCUCCACCUUUAAAUCUUAAAUUCUCAGUUAUUCAAGAAAUUAGGUCUAAAUAAACCUUUUCAAAUACCUUCUGCCACUUCUUAAAAUUUGGCACUACUUUGACUACAUUUUGUUACAAAGUUUAUUUUUUCCACUGAAGAAUUUAAUAUUCCAUUCAAUCUGUCCAAAGCAUCUAAAUACAAAUUAAAACAUGCAUAGUUUCCUCACUUUGACAUAUAUAUGUUUAUUUAUAUAUUCAUCUACUUACCUGUCUAUCUCUCCAUCUAUAUCUAUCUAUCUAUCUGCCUGUCUAUCUCUCUGUCUGUCUACCUGUUAAUUUAUCUAUUUUCUUAUCUGUCUGUCACGCAUGCAGACACAUAUGCACACACACACACACACACACACACACACAUACACAUGUACACAUACACAUGUACACAUACACACACGCACACACAUACACAAGAAUGGUAAAAUCUCAAACUGGAUGACCUGUUUUUUAAAUGAAAAUCUUAUUUCAAAAACAAAACAUGAACAACUGAAGUGAUAUUUCAAGAAAUUUCCUGUGAAAAUGAAUCUCAAAUUAGCAGUACUGGAAUCUCUUCUUCAUUUACUUUGCCCAUCUCAUCUCAGAGUUCAAUUCUCGCCCUAGCUUUCAUAAACCACUACUUCAAGAACUAAAAGUUUUUCUAUAUAACAAGAAAUAAUUACAUGAUUUCUAUUUUUUCAUAUUUUUCUUUCCCAAAAAAAAAUUUUUUUUUUUUUUUUUCUCUUCAUACCAUUCUUGAGUGAUUCUUCAUACUGACACUUUCUGCUAAACAUUCCUGUCAAGAUAUCGUUGCUCUCUAUUUUUUUCCGAAGACAUUUCAUAUUUUCUGAAAACCUACAAGUAUUCCAAUGGAAAAAAAAAAUCCCCCCCCCCACCUGUAGUGUUACAUUAAAGAAACUUCAAGUACAAAGUUCUUUUUUCUAUUUUAAAAUUAUUUCCCAAUUACAACAACCCAACCCAACCCAGCAUGGAUUAAAUAAUAACUACAAUAGCAUGACUAUACAGAGAAAAACUCUGUGUAAAUAAAAAUA